AUGGCAAAGUUUAGUACUCCUGCAAUUUGGAGUCAUUCUUUGGUUUUGGUUGUGGCUGUUUUAUUGACAUCUGCUAUUUGGUUAACGGUAAGAGGUUUUUAUCAAAUUGUUUCGAAAAUUAUAAAAUUAUUCAUUUUUGUUGGAAAAAUAAUCAAAUUCAAGAGUUCAAUUCACGAGCCAAAAACUUUGGAUUUUCAAUAAUCCAUCUUUGAUUUUUUAUUCCACUGCUUAAAAAAAGGUAAACCAAGUUUUUAGGCUUUUUUUGCUGGUGUCCAGCCUGCUUAUAACAAUAACAAUAAUAACAACAAUAAUGUACCAGAAGAUGAAACUUGUGAAAUGUCGGAUGCUCCGAAAUGUGGUGACACGUGUGAGUAAGUCAUUUUUCCGCUUCAAAUAUUCUUGUUCUUUGUUUUGUUGAACACAGUUUCAUAUUUUUAGAUUUGUGAUCUGUGAGUCGAUUCCAGUUGGUCUACAAUUCGAUUCAAAAUAUCCAAAUUUCAAUUCUACCACAGAUUGUUGGAUGAGAUUAAUGGAUGUUGCACAAGAAGAAAUUAUAAUGGGAAGUUAUUAUUGGAGUUUAUUAGCAAAAGAUACUGAACCAGAUUAUACUGUAGAUACAACAAAUACGAGUGGAGAUGGUGAGAAAAUAUAUAAUAAAAUAUUGGAGACAGCAACAAAAAAAGGAGUAUCAAUUAGAAUUGCACAGAACUAUGAUGAAGAUGGAUCAGCGGAAACUCAAAAUCUGACAAAUCUUUCGAAUGGUAAAAUAUCUGUGAGAAGUUUGAAAUUUACAAACUGGUAUCCUGGAGGAAUUCUUCACACCAAAUCAUGGUCUGUUGAUGGAAAACAUUUGUAUAUUGGAUCAACAAAUUUUGAUUGGCGAUCAAUGACUCAGGUUAAGGAAUUGGGAUUAGCAGUUUUUAAUUGCCCUUGUGUUGGUGAAGAUUUGAAAAAUCUUUUGGAAAUUUAUUGGCGGAUGGGAGCACCAGGAGCAACAAUUCCACAAAAAUGGGACGAUAACUUGGCAGCUUCUGCGAAUCAUGAAAAACCCUUAAGUGUCUACUCGACAACUCAAAAAGAAACCGAAGCUAUUUAUAUUUCUGCAAGUCCUCCAGGUUUUCAAUCAUGUGGAAGAGAAGAUGAUUUAACCGCAAUGAUUAAAAAUAUUGAUGAAGCACAAGAAUAUUUGAAUUUAGCUGUAAUGGAUUAUUCUCCAUCAACACUUUAUAUGAAAAAUGCGAAUAAAUGGAAACCAGAACUUGAUAAUGCAAUGAGAAGAGCUGCUUUCGAAAGAGGGGUCAAAGUUAGAUUUAUGGUUUCUUUGUGGCCACAUACAUAUAAAGAUGUUUAUGGAAUAUUAUAUUCACUGCAAGAUAUUUCACAGAAUUUACCAUGUCAUGCAUAUGAUAAAAAUAGUGAGUUUUGAACUGAUAAAGUUUUGAAAACAUUAUUUUUUUUCUAGAUACAUGCACCAAAAAAGGAUCAAUUGAAGUUCGAUUUGUAGAAGUUCCAUCUCUUCAAUAUGGAGCUGUUCCAUAUGCUCGUGUUUAUCAUAAUAAAUAUUUUGUUACUGAAUCGGCUGCGUAUAUCGGAACAUCAAAUUGGUCAUCAGAUUAUUGGCAAUAUACAGCAGGAAUCGGGAUAAUUGUUCGAGCAAAUGAUUCUACUAGUAAAUCAAAACUUGUAAAUGAUAUAACUCAAGUUUUCGAAAGAGAUUGGAAUUCUAAUUAUACAAUUCCUUUGUCACAAUUUACUAUUUCGGGUAAUAGAACUUCUAGUAAUUUUUGA